CGUCAAUGUCAAGUCAAGCAAGUGUCAAUUUAAUUCAGUUCAUCACAUCACCUGUGUCUCACAAAUAAGUGAGUUGGCCAAUUUCUGCAUUUUUUUGGAGUGAUAUCUUCUUUAGUAACUGUUGAAAAUGUCAAAAAAGAAGGGAAACAAGAAGAACCAAGAUUUCGAGGACGAGUUCGAUGAGAAAAAGACAGCGAACGACACUCAUGAGCUAACCUCUAAAAGUAAAGGAAAAGGGAAAAAGAAAGGAAAAGGCAACGCAGGUGACUGGAGCGAUAGUGACGAGGGCGAAGUGCAGAAGAAACAUCAGGCAUCAGACGAUGAAGAUGUGCCUAAACCGGCGGCCAAGAAAUCACAAAAGAAAGCUAAAAAUAAAAAGAAAGGACAAGAAUCAGAUGAAGAACAGGAUGAUAUUAAAACACCUAGCAAUGUAGCAAACACUGCUGCUAAAUCUUCAGCCAAAAGCAGUAAAAAAAAGAAAGGCAAAGGUAAGAAAGACGAGGACUGGUCUUCUCAAGGUAGCGAUGCUGAACUUAAGGAGGUUUCAGAAGAAGAAAUUGCAAAGCCUGUGAGUAAAAAGAAAACUAAAAAUAAAAAGAAAAAUAUAGAAGCUGAAUCAUCAGAAGAUGAGGAUCAUGAUGACUCCAAAUCAGUAGUUAGUAAUGUUUCAAGUAAUCAAGCUAAGCCUGCUGCCAAGUCAAAGUCAAAAAAAGGUAAAGGAAAGAAAGAAGAUUGGCCUGAUGAAGAGAGUGAUAAGGAACUAAAAAUUGAACCGUCUGAUGACGAGGAGGAAAUACCCGUCGCCAUAGUUAAAAGUAAAGGUAAACAUAAAAAGAAGAAUAACAUGGAUGAUAUAGAAGCUGAAUUAAAGAAAUUCGAGAUUAAAGAGACUGAACCAGAAGUUGAAGCGGAACCAGUUAAAAGCAAGGAUAAAAAGAAGAAGAGCAAAAAAGAGGAAAUUGCUGAACCAGUAGAAGAAGAAGCCAUGGAAGAGGACGACAAAGUAACAGAACUCUCUGAAGAGAAAGAGGCAGCCGAGCCAGCAGAGAAGAAAAUGAGUCAUAAGGAAAAGAAGAAGUUAAAGAAACAGCAGGAGUAUGAGAAGCAAGUGGAGUUGUUGACGAAGAAGGGAGGCCAGGGACACAGUGAUCUUGACGCCAACUUCACAGUCAGCCAGGCACAGAAAACUGCUGGUCAGAUGGCAGCCCUGGAGAACGCAGUAGACAUAAAAGUGGAGAACUUCUCUAUCAGUGCGAAAGGAAAGGAUUUGUUCGUGAACGCUAACCUGUUGAUUGCUAACGGUAGACGGUACGGUCUGGUCGGCCCCAACGGCCACGGAAAGACCACGCUGUUGAGGCAUUUGGCACAACGCGCCUUCCCUCUCCCACCGCAUAUAGAUAUACUGUUGUGUGAGCAGGAGGUCACAGCCAGCGAUAUGAGCGCCGUCGACACUCUUCUUGAAGCUGAUGUUAAGAGGACUGAACUGCUCAACGAAUGCAAAGAGUUAGAAGCAAUCAUAGAAAAGGGUAAUCUCAGCAAACAAGAUAGAUUAAAUGAGGUGUACGCGGAGCUGAAGGCCAUCGGCGCGGACUCCGCGGAGCCUCGCGCGCGCCGCAUCCUGGCGGGUCUGGGCUUCAGCCGCGAGAUGCAGGACCGCGCCACCAAGAACUUCUCCGGAGGCUGGCGGAUGAGAGUCUCACUCGCUAGGGCUCUGUAUAUUGAACCGACAUUGUUGAUGCUUGACGAGCCUACAAAUCACUUGGAUUUGAACGCUGUCAUUUGGUUGGAUAACUACUUACAAGGAUGGAAGAAAACGUUACUCGUAGUCUCCCACGACCAGUCUUUCUUGGAUAACGUGUGUAACGAGAUCAUACACUUGGACCAGCAGAAGUUGUACUACUAUAAGGGUAACUACUCAAUGUUCAAGAAGAUGUACGCGCAGAAGCGGAAGGAGAUGAUCAAAGAGUAUGAGAAGCAGGAGAAGAGGUUGAAAGACUUGAAGGCGCAUGGACAGUCGAAGAAACAAGCCGAAAAGAAACAGAAGGAGUCGUUGACACGUAAGCAGGAGAAGAACCGCAGCAAGGCGCAGCGCGAGGACGAGGACAGCGCGGCGCCGGCCACGCUGCUGCAGCGGCCCAAGGAGUACAUCGUCAAGUUCUCCUUCCCCGACCCGCCGCCUCUACAGCCGCCUAUACUUGGACUGCACAAUGUAAACUUCAACUUCCCGGGCCAGAAGCCUCUGUUCAAGGGCGUGGACUUCGGUAUCGACUUGAACUCUCGUAUCGCCAUCGUGGGCCCCAACGGAGUGGGCAAGUCCACCUUCCUCAAGCUGCUUGUCGGCGAGCUCAACCCCAUCGAUGGUGACCUCAUUAGGAAUCAUAGGCUGCGUAUAGGUCGCUUCGACCAGCACUCAGGGGAACACCUGACCGCUGAAGAGUCUCCCGCUGAGUACCUGCAGCGGUUGUUCGGGCUGCAGUAUGAGAAGGCGCGCAAGGCCCUCGGGACCUUCGGGCUCGCGAGUCAUGCGCACACCAUCAAGAUGAAGGACCUCAGUGGAGGGCAGAAGGCCAGGGUAGCCCUUGCUGAACUGACGCUGAUGGCGCCAGAUGUCGUUAUUCUGGACGAGCCUACGAACAACCUGGACAUAGAGAGUAUAGACGCCCUGGCGGACGCCAUCAACGACUACAAGGGCGGCGUCGUGAUCGUGUCUCACGACGAGCGACUCAUCAGGGAGACCGACUGCGCGCUGUACGUUAUAGAGGACCAGACUAUUAAUGAGGUCGACGGCGACUUUGAUGACUACCGUAAGGAGUUGCUGGAGAGUCUCGGCGAGACCAUCAACUCUCCCUCAAUCAUCGCCAACGCCGCCGUCCAACAGUAAACACAACACAUUGUACCAUUUGUUAAAAUUAUUUGUAUGUACUUAUUAUGUAGCUAACCCUUUAUAAUUGUACCGUUUUGUUAGGCCUGUUACAAAUUGAAAUUGGAAUUCGUUGUUUGUUGAAAAAAUAUAUUUGUAAUGUUCCGUUGGUUGUUAUCGAGUCGGUAUGAGACAGCCGAUCGUGUACGAAGGUAGCCGGAAAUAGCCGAACGGUUUAAGGUUGAGGAUUUUUGCAAUUUUGGUGUAUCUUUGUUGCAGUUUCCUCUUACUUUUAGAAUUUUUAAAAGAAAUGCCCGAUGUACUAAAAUGAAAAAAACAGCCAAGUUUAAAUAAAAUAUGUGCAAACAAACAAUAUUAUUGCAUUAUUUUACGUAAAAUUUUAAAAUAAUUUUAUCAAAUUGUACAAUUUCAGUUUCAAUCUCAACUAGCAAGUUUUAUUUUGGCGUAAAUAAUUAAUGUCACAACUCACAAGCUUAUUGGGAAAUGUUAGGGAGAUUGGUUUUUAAAUCACUUAAGUGCCUAAUGUAUGUGCACUUAUUGGUAUCAAUAGUUACUCAGAAUAUUUACUUUAAGUAAUAAUACGAAGUUCAUUAUCCGAAAAAAUCUAGUAUUAUUUGCCUUCAUUGUAUUUCUGUUCUGCUAAAUAAAAUAAAUGAAAAAUAUAUUAAUUAUAUCUAGUUCAAUUCAACUCGUGAUAAAAUGUCUUCCAAUGAUUUUUGUUUCAUUGUUAAUUUUAUCACUUUUCAAUAUGCUAUCAUUUUAACCGAUUUAAGUUUUAGUCCAAAUAUACCUAGAUAUAUAAAAUAUAUGGAUCAAAUUAAAUACCGCAUAUGAACAGUGUAAAUGCUUAUAAAAUACAUCUUUCUUAAUUUCUGUCGAAUAGUGUUGGCUAAUGUUGCCAGCACGCAAUUGAAUUAUAAUGUAAUGUAAAAAAUAUUUAUACCUACAUUAUUAAAUUUUGUUACAAAAU